GGCCUUCCCCUUCCAAACAGCCUUGGAAAGUCAGAACUAGCGCUCCACCCUGGGGUCCGCAAGACCUCCCUCUACCUUGGAUUCAUCCACCUCAUAAGUCUCGGGCAUCCAGCCCAAUAAGCUUCCUCUGCCGGGCGCCUCACAACAAAGAGCGUGCUCAUUGGCUCCUUUUGCUGUCCGCUGUGUUGCCCUAGCAACCAGGCCACGGAGACGCGGUGGUAGGGCCUCCAGGUCUCUGGCUCCCCUGCCUCGGGUCACUUUGUCAGCUCUGCUGUCUUUCGUCGUCGUCAUGUCGAUGCGGACGCUACCGCUGCUCUUCUUGAACUUGGGCGGGGAGAUGCUUUACAUCCUGGACCAGCGGCUGCGGGCCCAGAACAUCCCGGGAGACAAGGCCCGCAGAGAUGAAUGGACAGAGGUGGACAGAAAACGAGUGCUUCACGACAUCAUCUCAACCAUGUUCAAUAAAAACUUUAUAGAGGAACUGUUCAAGCCCCAGGAGCUCUACUCCAAGAAAGCCCUGAGGACUAUCUACGACCGCCUGGCUCAUGCCUCCAUCAUGAGACUGAACCAGGCCAGCAUGGACAAGCUCUAUGACCUGAUGACUAUGGCUUUGAAAUACCAAGUAUUGCUGUGUCCCCGUCCCAAGGAUGUGUUGCUGGUCACUUUCAAUCAUUUAGAUGCCAUCAAGGGAUUCAUCCGAGACAACCCAGCCCUCGUGCACCUCGUGGAUGAGACCUCCCAGCAGCUGAUUGAAGCGUACGGUGGUCUCUCUGCAGGGGAGUUCCAGCUGAUCCGGCAGACGCUCCUCACCUUCUUCCAGGACCUGCACAUCCGGGUGUCCAUAUUCCUAAAGGACAAGGUUCAGAAUUCUAACGGCCGCUUUGUGCUGCCGGUGUCUGGGCCUGUUCCCUGGGAGACCGAAGUUCCCGGGCUCAUCAGAAUGUUCGACCACAAAGGCAAAGAAGUGAAGAGGACAGAAUUCCGGCACGGCGGGAACUACAUCGCCGCGCUGAAGGAAGGCUCCUUUGAGCUGUACGGAGACCGAGUGCUGAAGCUGGGAACUAACAUGUACAGUGCGAACCGGCCCGUGGAAACCCACACGUCCGGAGCGUCAAAGAACCUAGCUUCACAGUCACAGCAAAGCAUUGCUCCAAACCCUCUUGCUAAAGAAGAGCUGAACUUCUUGGCCAAGCUGAUGGGAGGAAUGGAGAUUAGGAAACCCAGCGGCCCUGAGCCUGGGUUCCGGCUGAAUCUCUUCACCACCGAUGAAGAGGAGGAACAGGCGGCGCUGACCAGGCCAGAAGAGUUACCCCACGAGGUUGUCAACAUACAAGCUACUCAGGACCAGCAAAGGAACCAAGAGCUGGCCCGGAUCAUGGGAGAGUUUGAGGUCACAGACCAGCCUAGAUGGAGCGCCAGCAAGGGAGACGAUUUGCUGGCCAUGAUGGACGAGUUAUAGCCCCUGUGCUGACCAGGCACACUCCUCCCGCUGUGGGAGCAGCUGCCUGAUGAGGACCCCGGGGGAUGCCCAGGGAGCAAAAGGAUGCUGCUAGUUUUCCACUGAGUGAAGCCAUUACCUCUGGUUCCUGUUUAUGUUGGAAUGAACUGCGCAAGUCUCUCUCAGGGAGUACACUCUCUGGAAGGCACACACAUACACACGUUUUCAGCGAAAUAUAUUUGAGCUUUUAAAUUGGACCCUUCCCGUUUCCUCCUGGCUUCAUGACAGCCAGUCAAAGCAUCCUGGGCCACAGGUUCAAGCCUCAGAGUUGGAAAGGGGAGUUCCCAUUGCCGCUUUCAAGGACAGCCAUGGGGGCUGACAGCUCCCAGAUGCCUGAGAAUCGUCACAAAACUUCAGAGCUUUCUGGGAUUGGUUCUGCCUUGUGAGUUUGGAGUAAGAGGAAAAGGCAAUUGCCUCCAACAGUGGGGGCCCAGUUUAGACAGCCCUCCUGUCCCUGGCACACCGGGGACUGUGGCCUCAGAGGCAGGGGAAGCAAGGCUGUGUGACAGGAACACUCAGCUGGGUCCUGCGCAGAGCACGUGGGGAUCUGGAGUUCUCUGCACAUCCCUCCGUCCACACGUGCUGUGGGCCUCUCCCAUGCAGAGGUGCGCACCAAGGAAAUGCUUUGCUUUUCAGCAUGAGACGUGCUCCUCAGCCCCUGAGGCUUCCUCUGCCACUUUGGGCUCUUGCAUUCUUCUACAGAUGCCCAGCACGGCGCGCCAGGACAUCUGUCCCCUCUGCUUCGCCAGUGGUGGCCAAGCAAGGCCUUAAGUUGGAUGCGUAGGAGGCGCACAGUGAGUCAUUUUCCCUCCCGUGCACCAGAUGAGCUGCUUCUCUGGGCACGGCGCCAGGUCUGACUGAGGUCCCUGUGAAAUGUCAGGCUGGGGCUGCCUUCAUUGUUUUGGGAAGGGGUUGGGACUGAGAAAACUGGUGGGCUCAGAGCCAACCAAUGUCCAGGGGCCAGGGGCCAUUCAGCCCUGUGGAAGGAAUAUCCAGAAUGGCAGAGGCUAGGAGGGAAACUGAGCUGAGUUGGUCCAACCGCAGGGAACACGCGGGCCCCUCGCACCCGGCGAGAGCGGAGGCAGACGCAGUUCCGCAGGGUGAGGGCCAGGGAAGCUGUGCUUUGGCUUGCCGAGGCACAGUGUUUGGUCACAGAAAGGUAAACCCCAGAUGAACGUAAUGCACUCCCUGCCCAUGAAAGGUACGCUUCCUUGCCAUAAAGACGCCCCAGAAGUCCCGCUGGCGGGGAGAGUCAUGUCUCGUUGUAAAACACCUGUGACAGGCUU